CGGCUUUGCGAGACUUUUCCAAUUUCAUCACUGCUUCCCCUGCUUCCCCCUCUGCGCAACACGCCGUGUGUAUAUUCGCAGUAGGACCACUGCCAUGUCAGAAGCGGCCAAUGAAGGGUCGGCUGCGCGCCCCCAGCGCCCCGGCGGCCAGGCUCGGAGGAACCGGAUGCGGCUCAGCUGCGGCGAGUGCAGGGCCAAAAAGCUGGGCUGUGACCGCAACCUGCCGUGCCAGCGGUGUGUGCGGUCGGGCCGGCCCGAGCUGUGCUCGUUCGGCGCCGGAACAAGACGGCCACUCCGGGCUGCGUCAAGCACCACUGCAAACCACUCGCAGGCCGGCCACAACACGGCCCUGAUCCAGCAGCUGCGCGCCGAGGUGGCCGAGCUGAGAGCGCUUGUGCUGUCGAAGCCGUCCCUCGCCGAGACAGCGACCCCCUCGCUGCGCGAUGCCGGCACCGCCGAUUCCGGCCAGACAUUGUUGCCCGACGAGCUCGACGAGGAGCAAGGGCCUACUAUCCCUGUCCACGGCGACUCCGGCAAUGCCGAGCUCUUGGACCUUAGGGACAGGUGUCCGCCCGGCUACUACAGCCAGCACACCCUGUUCCGGUCGUUUGAUGAGGUCCCCCAGCUGUUCCCCUUCAUCAGGGAAGCCGCCGACGAGUGCUUCCGGCCGCGCGGCGUCAGCCUCAAGAAGAUCAAGGCGACGUGCACCACGUACACCGGCAGCCCCGACGCCGCCACGCUCGAGGCCCUGCUCCCGCCCCAAGAUGCCACGGACGCCCUCGUGGCCUUCUAUCUGACCUAUCUCGAACACGUCCACCGCAUCGUCCACGUGCCCAGCUUCGAGGCCCUGUACGCCAGCUUCUGGCCGGCUUCCGGCAGCCCGGGCCGCACCCGCCACCCGGCCCUGACUGUGCUCGUACUCUGCAUGCUGUCCAUCGCCGCCGUCUGCGCGCCAGACACGUCACCCGCGCACCGCGCGUCAGCGCCCAAGUGGGCGCACGCCGCUGACGCGUGGAUCAGCCAGCGCGGCGCGAAGGCCAAGUGCCGCAAGCAGCUGGUGUACUUCCAGACCGCGUGCCUCGUGUACCUGGCCAAGCGCGCCAACACGAUGCGCAAGAAGCGCUUCUGGAACCAGACCGGCGCGCUCGUCCAGGACGCCGUCCUGCACCGCCUGCACUGCGACCCUCCGAAGACGGACGCGCCGUACCUGCGCGAGAUGAAGCGCCGCGUGUGGGCCGCCCUGCGCGAGCUCGACCUGCAGAACGCCUUCGAGUACGGCCUGCCGACGCUGCUGCACAGUCUUGACGACGGCGGCGGCAGCCCGGCUCCGGCUCCGGCUAAUCUUGACGACGACGGGUUUGGCCAGGCGUCAAAGACACUUCCAGAACCCAUGCCCGACGGGAACUACACGCGCGCGUCCUACCAGGCGCUCAGCGCGCGCAGCUGGGCGCUGCGUCUCGAUAUCUCGCGCCGCUUGUUCGCCGGCGCGGCAGGUGUGGCCUUGCCGUAUGACGAAGUGCUGCGGUAUACGCGGGAGAUUACGCAGGCGCUCGACGCGCUGCCGACGUGGCCUGCCGCCUCUUCCUCCUCCUCCAACACCGGCGAAACUAAACCCGCCAGUGACAAUAACAUGCCCCUGCUCGUCUCCGCGCUGCUGCAAUUCCAGCUCAAGGAGGCGUUGCUGGCGCUGCACCGCCCGCACCUCGCGCGCGGGAGCGGCAGCGGGAGGAGUGGCGGGUUCUCGUCCCUGUCUGAGGUCCUCUGCUACCACACGGCGCGCGACGUGCUCGUGCUCAACGUGCGCCUGGGGGAGGCUGGCGUUCAGGCGUUCGCGCUCGUCCGCGAGGAUUUGCUCGUUGCGGCGCUGGCGCUUGUGAGGAUUGGUGUUGGGCAGCCUGGUCCUGUCGCAGGUAGGUACUGUGUUUCUUGUUGUUCUUGUUGGUUUUGUUCUUGUUGGUUUUGUUGUUGGUUUUGUUCUUGAUGGUUUUUUGUUGGGUUUGUUCUUGUUGGUUUUUUUCUUGUUGGUUUUUUCUUGUUGGUUUUUUUCUUGUUGUUGGCUUUGGUUUUCAUGGCAUGGUUGUAAUGAUGUAAUUGCGUUGACCGGCUCUCCUUUUUGGAGUGGUGUUGUUACUUCUCUU